GGUGUAGUAGCUCCAGGGGCCGGGUUGCGGUGCGAUGCCGCUGGGCCGCUGGAGGAAGGCGACGCCGCUGAUGGAGCAGGACGAGGCCGAGGCCGAGGCCCGGGAGCGGUGGCUGGAGGCGGAGAGGCCGCGGGCGGGGGCGGGAGCGGGGGGCAGCGGGCCUACUCUAGCCCCCGGACCGCGGCCUCUCCGGCCCCGCCUCGCCUUCCACACACAGCUGGCCCACGGCAGCGCCACCGGCCGUGUGGAGGGGUUCACCAACGUCAGGGAGUUGUACAACAAACUGGGCCUAGCGCUGGGGCUGGAGCCUGCUGAGAUCAUAUUCUGCACUCUGAACACCCAUAAAGUGGACAUGGACAAACUGCUGGGCGGUCAGAUCGGCCUGGAGGAUUUCAUCUUUGCCCACGUCAAAGGGCAGAAGAAAGAGGUGGAGAUCGUUAAAUCGGAAGACGCUUUGGGACUGACCAUCACUGACAAUGGUGCGGGCUAUGCCUUCAUAAAGAGAAUCAAGGAAGGCAGUCUCAUUGAUCGGAUACAGGCCGUCAAGGUGGGGGAUCUGAUCGAGACCAUCAACGGCAAGAAUGUCAUUGGAUCCCGCCACUUCGAGGUUGCCAAGUUGCUGAAGGGUCUCGUGAAGGGGCAGUUGUUCACUCUGCGUCUCGUCGAGCCCCUGAAGGCUUUCGACAUGAUAAGCCAGCGUUCCAAAGUGGGUAAGUCUGCAUCAAGCGGGCAGAUGGGCACUGGAAAAGGCACACUACGGCUAAGGGCGAAGGGCAUUGCCACCGUGGAGGACGAGCCAUCAGCGUUCGAAGAGAAGGCCAUUGAGAAAGUGGAUGACCUGCUGGAAAAUUACAUGGGAAUCAGAGAUACUGAACUAGCUACUACCAUGGUGGACCUGGGCAAGGACAGGAGGAACCCCGAUGAGUUCGCACAGGCGCUGGAUGAAGAGCUCGGUGACUUUGCCUUUCCCGACGAGUUUGUCUUCGACGUCUGGGGCGCCAUUGGGGACGCGAAGGCAGGCCGGUGAUGAGCAAAGGCCAGUUGCAAAGACUUGACACUCAAUGGAUGCAUCACUGGAAAAUAUUUAUAUAGAGAGAAUAUAUGCUAAUAAUUUUAGACCUUUGGGAGCUGGGUUACUUUUUAUGAACAUUUUUGAACCAUUUUAUACGGUAGCACUGACCAAUAAUAGUUUCUAGUCAACAUCUCUAUUUGGAGGGGAGUCGCUUGUGGCUUUUAGGUGCUAUAUUGUGGUUUGCUGCUGGACUCUGCAAUGUGAAUGCUGACAUUUUGAGAGCAUUUUCCCCCUGACACAAUUAUGCAGAAAGUAAUUUUUAAUAUAUUUUUGCAGGUACAUUAGUGAGAAUCGAUUUUUUUUUGAGGCGGGUUGAGAAAGAGUGGAGGAUAUGGGGAAAACAAAAAACACACUCUAAAGAUGUGAAUUCCGGCCAGGAUUUGCGGGCGGCUGAUUGGGUUCAAACAAUGCUUGUGCCCAGUAAAGGGCCAGUCCCACUUUCACGAGGUAAUUCACAAAUUCUCCCGAGUUUUCCCCUUGAUUCAAACUCGCAGAAUGUUCGUAGCGAGUCCGUAGGAGUUC